CUUGGAAGACGGCGAACCAAACACACACGUGCGCGUUACUUAAACCAAAAUCUACAAUGAAAUAGAAAGCUGAAACAUAGAAAAGAAUCCAUUUUAAACUCAACAAUCAAUUCAUUUGAAGAAGCAGCAGUAUAGAAAAGUGAAUAUUUAAAACGGAGCAAAAAGCAUCGCUUUCGUAUUUUUGACACCUGGCUCGAUCUGGAGCGAGAAAUCAAGAGCGUAGAGCGUAAAGCGACGAUAUAAAGAGCGCACAAAGGAUCCGAGUUACCACGUGCUAUCCACGCGGACUGGGCGUUGGACACGGACGUAUCAGAUAAUUUAAAAUAAUUUAAUUAAUUAAAGACAUAAAUCUAAUAGUUUAAAGAAUAAAUAGGAAAAAUAGAAAAGAUUAAAUAGAAUUUCAUACAAAUACAACAACGUAAAUUCAAGCCCAUUUGAAACCUACAGACGAAGCCAACAUGGCAGAUUUAAGCUCGAAUUUUGACAUAUCAGACACAAAUUCCAUAAAUGAAAUUAUUUUUGGUUCCCAAAAUAAUGAAACAAGGAAAAUUGCAGGAAAGAAAAAAAGGAAAAACGUACCAAUGGAAAUGGGUCUUCCCAGCCCACAAAAGUCAAAAGAAAACUCCAACAUCGAGCAUUCGGAUGCAGAGCCAGAUCUCAAGAGGAAAAGAGAGUAUCUUCGGAACUUCGAGGAGAGAAAAAACAGGCGAAGAAGAAACAGAUACUACAGUCCACUCGAAUAUUGAAAAAAUGAACUGCAAAUCCAUCCCAGAUCUGAGGACUCCUGAGGAAAUUUCUCCAAGUGUUACCACGUCCACGUUCACCCCUCAAUCCAAAGGGAAACACGAAAACUCCUUAAUUGGUAUUAACCCCAUUGACACGUCAAGCCCCAAUCACCGCCGACUUGAUCUUAAUAAUUCCCAGAAAGCUAAAAAUAUAAACACCCAGUCACAAUUAAAUCAAAGUAAAGUACCUAAUGUAGAAAAAAUAUAAUAUGUGUUCGUCUAUAUGUCUCCUCUGUACAUCCUGUAGAAAUAAAUUCCACCAGUAGAUAAAUUUA